CGAAGGCGACGGAUGGUAAUGCUUACUGCACGUGAACUUCCUACACACUCUUAAAUGCCAAAUAUAUAUACACGGAAAAAAUCGAUUUUUGCUGUGUGUGUGAGAUAGGUACACGCCUGGCGUGUCGUUUUCACCCCUCCUUAGUACGCGGCGUGUUUUUUUUGUUGUUGUCUUUUUUGUUGGGUAGGUAUGCCUGCCAUGCCAAUGCCUGAGCCUGACACAAAUCACGCUACUACUGUUGUUAAAUUUGUUGCUAUGAAUGUUCACGUUCAUGUGUACCGUUUGAAUCGAGACCGAGAAACCGACCAAAACCAAAAAAACCCAGCAGCGGUGGUGUGUGCGACAGCGACUACGACUGCGACGCUCUGGCGUUUUACGUCUUGGUCUUUUGCGUGUUAUUGGCGCGGAGAAUGAUUCACUCAGCACUUUUAGUUUAGUUGUGUGUGAAACUUGAAACCCAGUCGAACGCCGUGUCCGCUCCGCGUCGCCUUGUCUUUUUAUCGCUUAGGCAUUGCAAAAUUUUGAAAUACUCAUAAAAUUUGCUAAACGCAUCAAAACACUAAAUUAAAUGCACAUUUUCGAAAGUUUUGGAAAAAGUUUAAAUGAAAUGACAUCGUCAUAUAACGAAGGAUACGCGAUGCAUGUAUAUGAUAAAACUUCAUGUAUCGAAACGUUCACCUUGAUCAAUGAGGUGAAAAAAUAUCCAGUGUUAUACAACAAAAACUUGCCGGAAUAUUCGAAUACGUCGAUCAAAGACAAAGAGAAGAUUUGGGAGUUAAUACACGCUGUGCUCUUUCCAAACUACGAACAGCUGAGCGAAGGGACAAAGGAUAUAAUAAAAGUAACUGUUCGCAAACGUUGGAAGUCAAUGCGAGAUGCUUUGGUUAAAGAUCACCGCUUACGAUAUGAGAGUCCAGAACACAGAGAUAAGAAGAUGAGCGCAACGGUGAAAGGAAUGCAGUUCUUAUUACCCUAUAUAAAAUAUCCAAGAAUACAUACUGACAGCUUUGAUGGCAAACAUUCGCCAGACUUUUGCAAGCUCAUGAACGAUACAACUAUCGAUUUAACAUUCGCCGAAGAAUCGGAAUAUUCAAAUGUUAAAAUCGAUGAUAGUGACGACGAUGUAAUCACAAAUGAUGCACUAUAUCCGUCAGUUCAUCUAACGACAUCUGAAACAGGAUCUGAUGAAGUUCAAUGGAAGGAUGGUUUUUGUAUUUCAACUACAGAUGCAUACUCUAAAUCAACAUUGAAUUAUACAAUUCGUGAAGUUGAAGAACCUGUCAUUGUAGAACCUAAUGAAACCAAAAAAAGAAAACGCUCAGAUUCUGAUGAAGACCUGCACUCAAAGCUUAGUUCAUUGGUAGAUCGCUGCAACGAAGAAUCCCACGAUGAGGAUCGAAUGUUUUUGCUGUCACUUUUGUCUGAUUUUAAAAGAGUUCCGAUUCAUAAGAAGCUAAAAGUAAAGUCGGCUUUUGUUACAGCCCUGUUUGAAGCUUUAAACUAAAAUUAACAGAUGUGGCAGACUUACCAAAUAAAGACAGUUCCCAAAGACAUGUAUUAAGUGUAACAAAAAAGUAUAAAUGUACCUACAUAAAUUUAAAUCAAAUAAAUUAUUACUUAUUUAUGAUCUAUUAUACAAAUAUUGA